CUGCAUGGUCGGAGCAUUGCGAAGUCCUACGCGAUGGAAAGCUUUUUCUUUACCUUCUCAUUUGAUACCCCUUGGCGAGACAAAGCCAAUUUUGAGAUAUCCCCUUUUUUCCUUUACUGUAUCUAGAUAGCCUUCUGGCAGGAAGACCCUGCAGAGGACGACAGCUUGUUUAUCAAAGAAGACCCUUCUGCGAUAGGCAGAAGGGUAGCGGAAUUGUUGCGCAGUCAUAUGCAGUCAUAUGCAAUCUAUGAAGCGGGGCGCUUACGGCGCGAAUCCCAUUUGCUCCCAACCUCUCUAUCGUCUGCCACUUGCCUAGAGUCACUUCCACCUCCUGUCGGAAUGCCUAUCCUGGGCAGUUGAUCAGCUUGACUUCCCAGCCAAUUUAUCCCCCAUCUUUGAAGCGGUAUGCGUGGCAUGACUCGGGACAAAACGAAAUUCUUCAUUUCCACGUCCCUCCAAGCUGUAUGCAGGCACUCUGUAAGAUUUGGUCGCAUGCGUCCUCCUUCGGUUCUACAACCGCAGAAGCAAAUGACAAGGAACACCGGACCCGGCAACGUCCAUUCAUCACAUGUUGGACUGCGGUGAGUGAACGCGCUCGUGACGCCCUGUCGCAUGGUCUAGUACGACUGAGAAAACGUGACCUUUGGAUGCUGCAGCGACAACGCAAGGGACGUGAAGGUCGUCGAACCAUGAAUACCGUUGAGACGGUUCCGACCUCCCUAUUUGAUAGCAACUCGCUUGAAAGUAUGACGAUGGGAAAUUUUGGCCCAAUUAUCGAUAUAUCUUGCUUGGAUCAAGCAGGAUGCACAAGCUUGAAGGUCGAGGUGCGUGUUGGGCACGUUCUAGCGGGGGCUUCUUGGGCCAAUCACUCGACCCAACCUUCUCUUCUUCUCUCUGCAUCCUGUUCCCCAUGCCUCGACUCGUUCGUGCGUGAACUCCCUGCCCAGUAAUAGCAAUGACGGCCAGCCGUGUGCGCAGGGGAUUGUCCUCCCUCGAAGCUCUAGUUCGCUCGCCUGUACUCG